AUGAAGCUCUUGUGGCAGGUAACUGUGCAUCACACCUGGAAUGCCGUCCUGCUCCCCGUCGUCUACCUCACGGCGCAAGUGUGGAUUCUGUGUGCAGCCAUCGCUGCUGCUGCCUCCGCCGGGCCCCAGAACUGCCCAUCCGUCUGCUCGUGCAGUAAUCAGUUCAGCAAGGUGGUGUGCACCCGCCGGGGCCUCUCCGAGGUCCCUCAGGGGAUUCCUUCCAACACCCGGUACCUCAACCUCAUGGAGAACAAUAUCCAGAUGAUUCAGGCCGACACCUUCCGCCACCUCCACCACCUGGAGGUCUUGCAGCUGGGCAGGAACUCCAUCCGGCAGAUAGAGGUGGGGGCCUUCAAUGGCCUGGCCAGCCUCAACACCCUGGAGCUGUUCGACAACUGGCUGACGGUCAUCCCCAGCGGGGCCUUCGAAUACCUGUCCAAGCUGCGGGAGCUCUGGCUACGCAACAACCCCAUAGAGAGCAUCCCCUCUUAUGCCUUCAACCGGGUGCCCUCCCUCAUGCGCCUGGACCUGGGGGAGCUCAAGAAGCUGGAGUACAUCUCCGAGGGGGCCUUUGAGGGACUGUUCAACCUCAAGUACCUGAACUUGGGCAUGUGCAACAUCAAGGACAUGCCCAACCUCACCCCGCUCGUGGGGCUGGAGGAGCUGGAGAUGUCGGGGAACCACUUCCCGGAGAUCAGGCCUGGCUCCUUCCAUGGCCUCGGCUCCCUCAAGAAGCUAUGGGUCAUGAACUCACAGGUCAGCCUGAUUGAGCGCAAUGCUUUUGAUGGGCUGGCCUCGCUGGUGGAACUCAACCUGGCCCAUAAUAACCUCUCUUCUUUGCCCCAUGACCUCUUCACCCCCCUGAGGUAUCUGGUGGAGUUGCACCUACACCACAACCCUUGGAACUGUGAUUGUGACAUUCUCUGGCUAGCCUGGUGGCUUCGGGAGUACAUACCCACCAAUUCCACCUGCUGCGGCCGCUGCCACGCUCCCUUGCACAUGCGAGGCCGCUACCUGGUGGAGGUGGACCAGGCCUCCUUCCAGUGCUCCGCCCCCUUCAUCAUGGAUGCCCCUCGGGACCUCAAUAUCUCGGAAGGUCGGAUGGCGGAACUUAAGUGUCGGACUCCCCCCAUGUCCUCUGUGAAGUGGUUGCUGCCCAAUGGGACAGUGCUCAGCCACGCCUCCCGCCACCCACGGAUCUCCGUCCUCAACGACGGCACCUUGAACUUUUCCCACGUGCUGCUCUCAGACACAGGGGUAUACACGUGCAUGGUGACCAACGUGGCAGGCAACUCCAAUGCCUCGGCCUACCUCAACGUGAGCACGGCCGAGCUCAACACCUCCAACUACAGCUUCUUCACCACGGUCACAGUGGAGACCACCGAGAUCUCGCCCGAGGACACAACGCGCAAGUACAAGCCUGUUCCUACCACGUCCACUGGUUACCAGCCGGCCUAUACCACCUCUACCACGGUGCUCAUCCAGACCACCCGUGUGCCCAAGCAGGUGGCAGUGACCGCGACGGACACCAACGACAAGAUGCAGACCAGCCUGGAUGAAGUCAUGAAGACCACCAAGAUCAUCAUCGGCUGCUUUGUGGCAGUGACCCUGCUCGCUGCUGCCAUGUUGAUUGUCUUCUAUAAACUUCGCAAGCGGCACCAGCAGAGGAGUACAGUCACAGCCGCCCGGACAGUUGAGAUUAUCCAGGUGGAUGACGACAUCCCAGCGGCGGCACCUGCAGCAGCAACAGCAGCUCCGGCCGGUGUAUCAGGUGAGGGGGCAGUCGUGCUGCCCACAAUUCAUGACCAUAUUAACUACAACACCUACAAACCAGCACACGGGGCCCACUGGACAGAAAACAGCCUGGGGAACUCUCUCCACCCCGCGGUCACCACUAUCUCUGAACCUUAUAUCAUUCAGACCCAUACCAAGGACAAGGUACAGGAAACUCAGAUAUGACUCCCCCCCCCCAAAAAAAAACUUAUACAAAUGCAAUAGAAUGCAC